AUGAGUUUACUUGCAAAAAUAUGAAUAAUUUAUUAUUUUUAUUCAGUGAAGUGAUUGACGAUAUGCAGCUCGAUAUUACUGAAAUCUUCCUAGAUAUUUUAAAAAUAACCAACCAUAAAUUUGAAGAGUACAGUGUUGACCUAAGAAGUACAUUAAUUUCAUUUUUUUCUUUAUUUGAACAAUUUGUUUACAAAACUUAUGAUUCAAUAGAUGAUGAAAAAAACAUGAAUAAGUUUGAAACACUUCUCAUCAGCUAUAUGAAAUUGAAUAAUGAUUUAAAAUGCUCUUUCAAGAAUAUUAACAGAAUAUAUGAUUUUAUUUUCAACAUAUGUAUAAUCAAUAAUAAAAAGUACCCAUCUGAAAGUGUUCAGAAAGUUGCCAUUGAAACCUCAGGAAUAUUGACAUACGAAAAUUCAAAAUUAUUGAGCAAUGUUGACAAUAUAAUUCAGUUUACAAAUACUGUAUCACCUCAUUUUUUUAAACAACAAAUCUAUGAUGAUUUGCUUGCAGUAGAAAAUUUGUCAGUGGGAAUAAAGGCAUUUGAUAUGGAAUCUAGCAAAGUUUGGAGCUUAGUUCACGAUACCAUCAUGAGAAGAAUAGUUGAACUGAAAUGUGUUGAUUCAUGUAAUAUGUACAUGCUGAUCAGAUUCUUCAAAAGUCUUUCAGACAUGUUGAUGGAAAUUCAAAUGUCGCUGAUCAAAGCUAAAGGAUAUCGUUGCAUGUUAUAUUUUUUCGAAGAAAGAAAGUUGUUACUUACUUUUAUUGAGAAAACUUUGAAUCAUGGCACUAGAUGUGAACAGAUAAAUGUUGAACAUUAUUUCAAUUUCUUUCUCCUGUUCAUUCUUAUCACAAACUCUCGAAAUUUGGACAUCAUUUUCAACUUUUUGGGAUUUUCUCUUUUGAAAAAUAAUUGUUAUAAAAAUGAUAACCAGUUUCCCAAUAAUUUUAUCAGUGAUGUGCCCGUUGGAGAUCUGAAAAUGGUUAUCAAAUCAUUUUAUAAUCAUUUAUCUUCCCAAAAUAUAAAUAGAAAUGUGUCUCUUAGAUUUUUAAAGAAAUUUUUCACUAUUGUUUCGAGUGGCCUGUUGAAUGUGAAUUUCUCGCAAAUUAAGGUUAUUGAAAAAUUGUACUUGAAGAUUAGUAAGAGUGUUUUGGAGUCUUCGGAUCAAGAGGGUACUAUUGUGGUUAUUGAAACAUUACCAUAUAUUUUGACUAUAUUUGAGGAACCUGACGUUCUAAUAACUGAUAUUUGGCGACCUAUAUUCACCAAACAAAAUAAAGAAAUUUUGGAAAAGGCCACAGCUGUUUUCUCUAAUAUUCUGUGCUGCAUAAGUUCGGAUUUUAUAAAGAUUGUUAAAUGGAACAAUAUGUCUUCCAAUUUAGAUUCAAUGAUAAUAUGUAACAAAUGCACUUUUAAUGAAUUGAAAGGAAAUAAGAAUAACUUGGAGAAGAUAGCCAGUCAACAUGGAAAUAGUCUAGUAGCAAACUGUUCAAAAAUAACCCUCGACCAAUCUCUUGCCACUUUUAUGUUGAAACAUGUUCUCAGUUUCGUCACUGGUGCAUCUGUAAAUUUAAAAAUAGAAAUUUUGAGUACGUUACCAAACUUCUCCAGUCACAUACUGCAGUUCCACUCAACCAGCGUUGCAAAAAUUUGGGUAGAGCUGGUAGGAGACCAGAAUAAAGAUGUGAGGAGAAAAUUUGCCCAUAUUAUCGGCAAAACACUCAAGUUCAACCAGGAGAAUGCUGUAUUGGCUCCAGAAAUCAAAAUGGAUGUAUUGAACAUACUCUUUAGUUCUAUCCUCAAAUACACAAAAAAGUCCUUGAAAUUUUCGGACUAUGAGUUACAAGACACCCUACUUGAUACAAUUGAAGUGAUAAGUACUAUAAAAUCAGAACAUAUCAGUAUUGAACUAAUGAAAAUUCUAUUUCACCUCAUAAUGGUACCAACCUCAAAAUAUUCAAUGAUUGCAGUCAAUAAAUGCUUCAAGUUGGCUGAAAGGAAUAACACUAGCACAUCCAUUAUUUAUUCCCAGAAUAAAAAGGUGUUUUGCGAAGUAAUUGUUCAACUAUGUUCUGUCAAUCAGGCUUUGAUCAAUUAUGGUUUGUCUACUUCUUUGGAAAAAGUUUCAGUUAUGUUGGGUUACUAUGGCUGCAAAGAUUUUGUCACACAAGAAAGCAAUUAUCUUUUGCCUUUUUUGGUAUCAAAAAUUGUGAAAAUGCCAGCGGUUACUAAGCUCAUACAAGAAAUGGCAUCGAUGAUGGACACAGAUGUAUCAGAAAUGGUGUCUUCCAAAUAUGGAUAUGUUUUCAUUUAUAUAUUUCUAGAUAUGUCAAGAGAUGAUCUAAGAAAAUGCAUGAUAUAUUUGGAGCGGACUACUGGCAUGAGUGGUCCAUCUUUGCGUAAACGAAAUUUCAGGAUAAUUCUAAACGAGCUCCUCCUCAACUUUCAUGAGAGGCGAGACAAAGUCGUACAGGCGCUGAGUCUUUUAUCAAACGAAGAUAGUGAAAAUAAAAGUAAAUCUAUCCCAGAUUAUCUUCAUUCACAUUUUCUGGGGGUGUUGCUUUAUUUCGAUGGCAAAUUGAUUUCCAAAAAUUCGAAGAAAGAUAAAUUCUUGUUGAGUUUGGCAGACUUAUUCAGGUUUAUGGGUUCCAAGCAUAUCAUGCCCCUACGAUUUAAAAUAAUUGCUAUGCUACAAACAACAAAUUAUGGGAAUUUCCCCAAUCUCACCUGCGAAGUGUGGAACUCUUUCGUUCACACUUGUGAAAUUGAGUCUCUUGGGCCUCAGUUGGCCCUCAUAUUUGUUUCUGUGAUACCUCUGCUUGACUCUUGCCCUAAGAAAAUUAAUGAUAUAUUCAAGUAUCUUAUAAUUGAAAAUGAAGCAACAGUAAAAAGCUAUAUUCCAGAUUUGUUUUUUGUUAAAAAUCCCAAAGUAGAUCACGAGGUGUUAUUACUUAUCAAGAAUUACCUGAAACCUCUGGAAAUAUGUACAUUAAAAGAAAAAAUUUCAAGAUUUUUAAAAUAUUUAACCCAUGAAGCCAUGGAGGUUAGGAUACAGGGAUUGAAGCAAUUGAAGACAUAUUUAGAACAGAGCAGGGAAGAGUUGGAUCAAAUGAUUUUGGAUUAUAAUGGUAUUGAUCCCAUUAUCAUAGAACUCAUUGACUUGCUAACCUUAGGCUGCAGAGAGAAAGAUGAAGCAUUGAAACUGGCUUGUGGUGAGGUUAUUGGAGAAUUGGGAGCCAUUGAACCUAGUCACAUACCAAGAAGAUAUGUUCAUGAGGAGAAGUCUUUUUCUUUUUACAUGAAUGAAGAUUCGUUUGUUGUGAGUUCACUCAAUGAAUUGAUCAGGGCAUUUCAAACAGAGCAAAAUACACAGAAUUUGGACAGAUAUGCGUUAGCCAUUCAGGAAAUGUUGAGAACCUACGAAAUAUCUCCUGAUACGAGUAGUAAAAAAUUUUCUCUUUGGGAAGACUUCCCUGAUUCUCAGAAGGAGAUUAUAUUACCCUUACUUUCUUCAAGAUACAUGAUCUCCCAUUGCAUUUUGCCAACGAAUUUACCAAGUCCAAUCUAUGGUAGUAACUCUGGAGCGUCAUUUCAGUCGUGGUUGUUCAACUUUACAUCUAGCUUAAUUUCAUCACUACCACAUGAUAAAAUAGAAUUUCUGAAAGUUAUUUUGCCGAGUAUGAAACAAGAUAAGCGAGUUUUAAUGCACUUCUUGCCACACAUUCUUCUUCAUUCUUUGUUGGAAGGAAACGACAGAAUUGCAGAGAAGUGUCUUAUUGAGAUUCAAACGAUAACAAGUUCAUUUACGAGGAAAAAAUCUUUGGAAAAAAAAGCACUUGGUCUGAGGCCUAUACCAAUUUCUGGAUUAGCAGUGGAACCUCAAAUUAUAACUCCAGAAGAGGUAAAAAGAAUGCAAUGCACAAAAGUUGUAUUUUUGCUAUUAGAUUUUUUGGAUCGCUGGGUUAGAGAAUGGCAGUGGCAAAAAGGCGUUGUUGGAAUUUCUAACGAACAUUUUAGAGUUCUCAAACAUUUUCAAAAGGAACUGUGUAAACUGCAGUUAGCUAAAUGCAACUAUCACUGUGGGGAAUAUCCAAGGGCUCUAAUGUACCUGGAGGAUUAUGUAAGAGAAAAUAAGAAUGAACUUUACAAUCACUUGACCUUUUUAGCCGAGAUUUAUGCUCAAUUAGAAGAGCCUGACGGUGUUGCUGGUGUUACAGCUCUUCAGCUCAAUGAACCGUCUGUGGAACAACGAAUUCUUGCACUUGAGGUAUCAGGCAAACUUGCUGAUGCAACAACUUGUUAUGAACGUAUGCUUCAACCGCUUAAAUUACAUCAUAUCCAGGGUUUAGUGCAGUGCUAUCUGGACUUGGAUAAUGUCAAUACUGCCUUGAAUUUUGUGAAAGGAGCUCUAGAUAUACAACCAGAGUUUGGAAAUAUGCUUCUGGAAAUGCAAGCAGAACCAUUGUGGCGGCUUGGUCAGUAUGAUGAUCUGGACAAGCUACUUAAAACACCGGAUGUGGUAGGAAACACAAGUUGGGGAGUACAAGUUGGAAAAGCUCUCUUGCAUUUCAAAAAUGGUGAAAGAAGUGAGUUUAGUGGCACUGUAGAUGGAAUACUCAAGCAACAGGUAUUGUCUUUCGGUGCUGCGAGUUUGGAAGAAGGAGCCUACCAGCACGGUUAUGGAUAUAUUUCAAAAUUGCAUGCCUUGAAUGAACUUCAACAGGUAGAAAAAGUUAUAUCAGACUUACUGGUAAAACCAUUCGACCAGCGAUAUGCAGAAAAUCUAAUGAAAAAACUUAUGAAUGAUUGGACACUGAGAAUUAAGGUUGUAGAAGAAUCUGUCAGAAUAAUCGAACCACUGUUAUGUUUGAGACGGGUUUCCUUAGGUCUUGCAAAAAAAAUUGCUGAAGACAAAAUCAAUGGAGCUGUUCCAUAUUUAAAUUCUUUAAUUGGGGACUGUUGGUUGCAAAGUGCCAGGAUAGCAAGAGCAUCGGGGAUGCACCAACAAGCUUUCACUUAUACAGUGAAGGCAGAAGAGUAUGCUCCUCCAACACUAUUUUUAGAAAAAGCAAAGCUGCAUUGGCUCAGGGAAGAACACGAACAAGCUUUUACUACCUUACGAAGAGGUCUAGAAGUUAUAAUUCCAGAGUGUAGCACUGCAGAAUCCAUCACAUUAGAGCAGAGAAAGCUAUGUGCGGAAGCUAAACUGCUAGUUGCAACUUAUAAUGAUGAAAUUUCAAAUGUAGAUGCAGCUGUCAAUCUCAAAAAUUACGUGGAAGCUACCAAUAUGUUUAAUCAGUGGGAAAAGAGCAUGGUAUGCCUUGCUCAGUUCUAUGACAAGCAAUUCCAAAACUUCAGUGAAGCAGAGCGUGAUAGUCAAAAAGGUGGAGACCAUCAAGUACACAUGAUUAAUUUCUUUGGCAAGUCUCUGCAAUAUGGUUCAAACUAUGUAUAUCAGUCAAUGCCCCGAUUACUCUCGAUUUGGUUUGAUUAUGGAACAAGGCUAUUGGAUGUGACUCAAAGUACAACCAAGGAAGAGAGAAAGUGCACUCUGAUGAGGAUGACAAAACUAAUAGACUCAUUUCUGGAUAGAUUGCCACCCUAUGUAUUUUUAACGGCCUUUUCUCAACUUGUCUCUAGGAUAUGUCAUCCACAAAAAGAGGUUUAUGUAAUGCUCAAAUCAAUAAUCAUCAAAUUAGUUCAGCAUUAUCCUCAACAAAGUUUAUGGAUGAUCAUCUCGGUUGUUAAAUCAAGUUAUUCUGUAAGAUCUAAAAGAUGUGCCGAAAUGUUAUGUGACCCUAGACUCAAGACGAAUACUUUUUCAAAGUUACUAAAGGAUUUCACCAGUUUGGCUGAGAAACUUAUAGAGUUAUGUAAUAAAGAGUUACCUUCUGAUGAUACAAAGCAUAGCGUGAGUUCUUUAUUGAGAACUCUUCCUAGGCUGCUUGCAAAGGAUGAUUUCAGUGAAAUAAUGAUGCCAACAUAUAAGUUCCGAAAACUUAUUCUUCCUAAUCCUGACUUUACCAGUACUCAACAUAAUCCUUUUCCUAACCAUUAUGUGCACAUUGUGGGUAUUGAGGAUGAAAUGAAUAUAUUACCGAGUCUCCAAAGACCACGUAAAAUUACUUUGAAAGGUUCUGAUGGAAAAAGGUAUAUUUACAUGUUGAAGCCAAAGGAUGAUUUGAGAAAAGACUUCAGGUUGAUGGAGUUCAAUGAUAUUGUGAAUCAGUUGUUAUCACGAGAAGGAGAAGCUAGGCAGCGAAGGUUGAAUAUCAGAUUGUAUUCUGUGGCACCUCUCAAUGAAGAGUGCGGUCUGAUUGAGUGGGUAUCGAAUCUUGUUGGUAUCAGACCCAUAUUGGUGUCUCUAUAUAAACAAAGAGGUAUAUCGAUGAACAGUAAAGCUUUGAAAGAAGCCAGCGCUAAUCUAAGGGAUACAUUAGAGAGGAAAAGGGAGCUAUUUACAAAGAAGUUGUUGGCAAAGCACCCUCCUAUAUUAGGUGACUGGUUUAGGAAAACAUUUCCAGAUGCUCAGAGUUGGCUAACUGCAAGAACAGCUUACGUUCGUACAACUGCAGUCAUGUCUAUGGUUGGAUAUAUUCUUGGAUUAGGAGAUCGUCAUGGUGAAAAUAUUUUGCUGGAUUCCACUUGCGGGGAUGUGGUGCAUGUCGACUUCAACUGUUUGUUCAACAAAGGAGAGAAAUUCGACUGGCCAGAAAGAGUACCAUUCCGACUGACUCAUAAUAUGGUGGCAGCGAUGGGACCAUUAGGUGUUGAAGGAAUAUUCAGGAAAUCUUGUGCUUGCACACUGAGAGUUCUUCGGAUGAAUGCCAAUACUCUUAUGUCUAUUGUUGCACCGUUUGUGUAUGAUCCUUUGGUUUCAUGGCCAAGAAAUGUCCCUGCAUUGGCAAGUUUACAUAAUGCUGAAAGAACAAAUGAGGAGGCUCUUGAUCACAUUAAAAAUCUAGAAUUGAGACUUCAAGGAAGAGCAAGAUAUAGGACCAUAUCGACGCCCUUAUCUGUCGAAGGUCAAACGAAUUAUUUAAUAAAUGAAGCUGUGAACAUUGAUAACCUCUGUCAAAUGUAUGUUGGAUGGGGAGCAUAUUAUUAGUUUUACAUUAUAUUAUAUAGGAAACAAAGCUGUGAGUAUUUUUAAGGAGUAUGAGAGUUAUCACUCGAUUUUGUUACAUGCUAUGUUAAAAUAAACUGUAUUUUUCAUUCA